UCUAGGCCUAACUAUCAAUCUAAACGGUACCAGUCUAAAAUUGUUUGAUUGAUAAAACCUUCGAUAGUUUGAGAACUAAAUCAAAAAACACAUUAAAAAAUGGGUGAAGAAACAGCAACAGAAACAAAGGACGAAAAGCCGGAACUGUCAGGUUUCGGUAGAAUAUGUCAGAAGAAAGGAAUCAAUCCGAACUUGAUUAUGUUAAAAAUAACAUUGUUUGUUAUGUAUGGAGCGACGUCAUCACUUUUGCCCUAUCUUACAAUUCACAUGCAAUCAAUUGGAUUGACUGUUGAAGAGAUUGCUAUUAUUUACCUGGCUCUACCUUUUACAACUUUUCUUAGCCCGCCAAUUACAGGAUUUUUGGUGGAUAAAUUUGGUAAAUACAAGCCUGUGGUUGUGAUGAGUUUGCUCUUGAAUGCCUUGUUCCAUCAUUCGUUGUUGUGCAUACCGCAGCAGGAAAUUCCAGGGGUUAUUCCAUCGGCCUAUGUUAUGCGGCAUCCAGAGGCAGCCACAGUCGAGAUUUGGUGGUCACCAUGUCCAAGUCGUGAAUGUCCUGAAGAAGAAGAAAUGGAUUUGGUUUUAGAUCAAUGUUUGGACUAUUGCCUGUUGCUUGAACAAAAUCCAAAAAUUGAAAUCGUUCCUCCACCAACAAAUGCACCAAUAUUCCAACCAGAGGUUAAUCCAAAUGAUCCUGAAAGUCUAAGAUUUCAUGUGAGCAAUAAGGUGCAUAAUAAAUCGCAUGAUCCUCCAAACAUUCAACAAAUAUUAUCAACAACUCAACAAACUGUUUAUUUAAAUCAAAGCACGACUGUAGAAUAUCAAACCGAACCAGGAUGGGUAUUGUCCAGCAGUGAUGAUUCCGCAUUUUUCUUCUUGGACAUGCAUCCUGAUUUAGCUGAUCCUAUUGAACAAUUAGGAAUGGAAAUCGAACCAGAUGAUAAUGAAACUGUGACAGAUUUCAAACAACGUUUUGGAGAGAAACUUCUCUGGCGUCAAGGAGUUAAUGUAACUGAUUUGGAAGAAUUGGAUUUGCGAUGUGGUGGAAUUGUUAAACGUAGCAAUAUGUCUGGAACUCACAAGUUGAAUGAGUUGACAGUUGAUUGCAUGGUGCAGAGAUGUAGAUUUAGGAAAAAUGGACCGGAAAUUUGUCCACCGGAUUACAAAGAGAGCGAUGACAGAGUAUUUUGGCUAUAUUUCUUAUUGCGAUUCCUUGCCACAACAAUGUUGUCAGCUGGUGUAACAAUAAUGGAUCCAAUUGCCCUAACCAUGAUUGAGAAAUACGGCGGUGAUUUUGGUAGAGAACGUCUCUUUUCCAGCAUUGGUAUGGCCAUCUUUUCACCAAUAACCGGCAUCAUGAUUGAUUACACCUCUCGAGGACUCGGCUAUACCGACUAUUCAGCUGCCUUCUACACAUACGACAUACUCUUGGUCAUCUCGACAAUAUCAGUUUUAAUGAUGCCACUCGGUGAGAAGCUACCAGCCGACAAUGUAUUCAGGGAUUUAUGGAACCUCCUGAAAAUGCCACAUGUAAUCGCUUUCAUUUUGUUCCUCUUUGUUCUGGGCAAUUUCUGGGGCUUCAUUGAGAGCUUCUUGUUUUUGUACCUGAAGGAAUUGGGUGCACCAAAUUAUUUACUAGGAAUCACAAUCACUGUUGGUACGGUGAGUAGUAUUCCAUUCCUGUAUGGAGCUGAAAAGAUAACAAGAAUUUUCGGACAUGUAAAUUUGAUCAUUAUUGCAUUCUUCUCGCAUGCCGGACGGUUGGUUGGAUAUUCAUUUAUAGAGAAUGCCUGGUGGUGUUUUCCCUUUGAGGCUAUGGAGGCUCUCUCAUGCCAUUUGAUGUGGGUUGCUGCUGCAACAUAUUGCUCAAUAUUAGCACCCAAGAAUCUAUUGGCAACGUUAAUUGGUGUUUUGGGAAUGGCACAUUUCAGUUUAGGUCGUGGUAGUGGUUCAUUCACCGGUGGUCUACUGAUUGGACAAUUUGGCACUCGAGAUGCAUUCCGUUACAUGGGUCUAUUGGCUGUUGUCGGUGGCAUAGCCUACGGUCUUUUGCAUCUCGUUUGGUUACGCAAAUUCGACCAUCAAAUCGAUGAUAAUGAUGACAAUGAGGCAAUCGAAAAUGGAGAAACCGAAAAACUAACCGAACCACCUACCAAAGAACAAGGUACAUCCAUGUCUCUGGAACGUUUGAGCCUCAUGAUAAAAUACAACCAAAUUGGAAGUUUGACCUCUCUACCCAGAGGCUCUCGGGUCGACAUACAGGACCACCUACCCCAUAGACGCAGCAGCUACAACGUGGAGCAAAUUCGAGUUCCACGUCAUGGAUCGAAAGUUGAUAUCCUUAGGUCAGCACUCGAAAUCAAUCACAAAACAUCGAAUAAUUCAGUUGGAGGCAGAGUUGAUAAAACAUCCAAUCAAUCAUUGGGACGCAAUCGAGCCGACAGUGCUCCUAAGUUGAGUCAUGGAAAUAUGAAAAAUAUCUCGCAACCAGCUCUGGAGGGUGUCGUUCUUGAGGGCGUGGAGUCAACGUUUUUCCCAACUCGAAUGAAAAAAUAUUCCAGCGGUUUGCUUAACACAGUGGAUCCUUCUGUAAUCCCUAGCGCUAUGCUAAUGGCUGAAGAACUACGAAAAGUUAUUCCAGAGGAAACCGAUGCUGAGGCAAAGGCUAAACUUGCAUUAGCAGCCGAUGGAGAUGUAUCAGCUCAAACGAAUGGAAAAAGUAUAGAAGAUUCUAAAAAUCAAACGACCAAUGCCACAUGAUAUUUUUCGAAAAAAUUCUUGGUCUGGAGAAAAUGUUGGAUAUGUUACCUUUUUUUUUGCUGUACCGUAUUUUUUAGAUUGUUAGUAAAAUUACUCUUUUUUGUGUUUGUCAU